CCUCCCCCCCAUCUCUUUCUUUGUACAUGUUUUCUAUUUAUUUAAAGCAGAAAUAUAUGGAUUGUAUCAAGCAUGGAAAGGCAAACAGAUGUUACAGUUGACAAAAACAAAAAAAAUCACAGGCUUUUAUUUUACAGCAGUAUAUUUGUUUAUUCUAGGGACUUGUUUUCUCUCUCUAUUUUUUUUUUUUUUUUUUGAAAGAAAUAAAAAGUCAUUUUCAUUCCUAAGCGAGUGUUUUUGUGAUCUUUUAACUCAAACAGUCGGAAAGUCUAUAAACUCUGAAAAUAUUCACCAUUCAAGGUCUCAGAGUGUCAAACGGCUCAGCUUCUGAUUUUUAAUUGCGCCACCCCGAGGGCUUGAGAAUGUGUUUUCUUAAUUGCGCAACUUUUUUUUCUUUUUUUUUUAAGUGAGAUUUUUAAACAGUCCACAAAAUAUUUCAGCAGUUUUUCUACCAGCAGCGAUCUUCUUAAAUUUGAUCGAGACUGGCAGAUUCGGCGGUCGCUUUUUGAGCGUGUUUAUUUGAAGAAAAUGGACUGUUUGACGUUAAUCAAAGGCACGCAUUAAAAUCUUACAUCUGCCUCCAGCUGCAGGCUUGAACCGUCAACAUUCGUUGCUGAUGCAGGAGAGUUACUGUGCACUCACCACAUCUGAGGGCUUUAAAUCAGGGGAUGUGGAUAUAAGAUCAGAUCCUGUCACAUUAAAUGUAUUAUCCAAAUUAACUGCGAAUAAUUUUUUGGCACAGAUGCAGUGCAAAAUAUGCUACACGUCACUGAUAAAAUGUACAUUUUCUGUACUGUGUAAAAGUCCUGAGCCAGCCCUCAUUUGCACGCUUGAGUUGUGUGCACAGAAAACAUGCACAACUCAAGAGAUGAAGCAGUGUUUUGUCUGCACAUGACACGACUUGGCAAAUAACACAUUUGUUAAAAGCACCCUGUCAUAAGAAUGCAUCAUUUGUCCCAAUGUCUUCAGUUAAAUCUAUAAAAAUGUCAAAGACAGCACAAUCUGACACACAUAAAACAGUAUUUCUGCACCAACAAAGUGAUUUCCAAACAGCUGUUAGCUGCAUGGUGUGCAGGUGGCUGUGAAGAAUACUUAAAAGUACCAUCAGAUUUUGAUCGACCAUAAAAAUGUCCACUAUCUGGAAAUCAUUUGAUUGCCUUUAUUUUUCAGCAUGACAAUGAUCCCAAAGACACUGGCAGUGCAGUAAAAACACAAAGUGGAACACUAUCAGUCAUGGAUUGGCCUCCCCAGUGCCCGGACCUCAUCAUUACUGCAGCGGUUUGGGAUCAUCUUGAAGAGAUAAGGGAGGGAAACAGACAAACUUUGUGAACAUGUGGUUAUUAUUCCUCCACCGGGUCAGGUUUACUCCAAAAGUGAGUAAAUUACAGCAGAAAUAAACAUGCUUACAGUGUCUGUAGUUAUGCACAGGUUAAACCGUGUCACAUUUAAACUGAAUUAAGUCUUAAACUUAUACAUGAUUAAACUGCAUUCCUGCUGCUAACAGUCACUCAAUCAUGUUUGUUGCCCUUUUCAUGUGUUUGUGGUCAGUAUGGCCUGCUGUCUGGAUAACUGUACCAGCACCCUGUGCAGAAAACCCAGUGUUUCCCUUCAAGUAUGAGAUGGGUAAAAAAACACAGUAGCCUAUAAACGCUGGGGGACGUCAGAGUGGGUUUAUUAAGUGUCAGUAAAUGAACUGUUAGUUUGAGCCACAUGAUCACCUUUAAAAGAUGUUUAUCCUCUUCUUUGUUCUACACCGCUGAAUCCUGCUAACCAGCCACAAUGCAGUUAAACCUUCUGUUUUCAGCCUGCAGCAUCCUCGCGUCACUGCGUAUCUGCAAUGCAUUCGUUUAAACUCUUCCCUUUAGUUCACAUUGCCUCCUCAGCAUUCUUUUAUUAUGUACCCAACUCCUCUGAGAAAACAUUUACCACACCGUAUAAAUGUCAUUUACGACAAUAAACGCCUUCAUUAUUCUGGUAAAUCUACGUUUAUGCUUAAAGCUCACUGAAAAGAUGCAAACAAACUUGAGUAAAGCCUCAAAAGAUCCCCACACCGUGGGAAACCUCCAGCCUCUGCUCCUCUCCAGUUCCUAUAGUUGUUGUUUUUUUUGUUUACGUCUGAUUACAGUCUAUACCUCUAAUCUCUUCUUGUUGCUACACGUUGGCGUGAAACGCCUCUGAUUUGCUCCGCCAUUGUCUGCCAUGAUAUCAGCGCUCCCACAGCGAGGGAUUUGGAAACGUGUUCCCACCUCCCGACUCCCGCUGAGCCCUGAAUAAUGAAAGCGUUUGUACACAUUUGUUCCACAAUCACAUCGAGGGCUGCUCGCUGAUGCUGCCGCUGAUACACUGGGUCAUAUUUCAGGGUUUUUUGUUUUUUCUUAUUCCUGAUUCUUUGUAGGAAAUAAAUCACUUAAAAAGUCCUGUGCCUGACAAACAGCAGUGUUUUGUCUCGAGUGAAUAAUUUAUUGUCGCCUGCAGUCGCUGGCAGUUUGUCUCAGUGUGCUCGGGAUGAAAGAUAUUUUAGGAGCAAACUACAAAAGGCCGGCAUAUAAAUAAAUGCCUUUCUGCACAGUGUUAGCCUGAGCUGAAUUAACUGUCCUGUCAGGGAGAUGUGAGAGCAGGCUGUGCUGCCACACGGAUGCAGUUAGGUCCAUAAGUAUCAGGACAGUUUGUUGUAGUCGGGAUGUGAUUGAAGUGCCGACUUUAAUUCAAGUCAUUGUACAAACAAACAUUUUAAACACAAGGAUUGUUUUUAAUAGUUGGAUGAAAAGCUUUUGCAAUCAAUCACAGCCCGAACUCUAAAACUCGGGAACAUCGACAGAUGCUGCAUUUCCUGCACUGAGAUGAUCUAACAGACCUUUAACUGCUGGUUGGUUGUGGGUCUCUCCGCCUGUGGUUAGUAACUAAAAAGCUGCUCUGUUGGUUGGAGAGCAGGUGACUCAUUUGGAGUAGUUUUCUUUCUUUAUCUUGAGAAACUCAUGAGUUGCUUGAGUGAGGUGUGCAGAGACUUCAUCCCUGCUGCUUCUGUCAGCAGUCACGUCGUCACUGAGUACUCAAGACCUGCUUUUACUGGCUCGCAUAUGUGCCAAUGCCAUAACAACACCUCCACCAUGUUUGACGGGUGAUGUGGCGCACUGGAAACAAGUUUGUUUCAUCUGUCUGGACUUCCUGUUCCUGAGUGUAACCAGUGGUUUGCACUUUGUUGUAAAUCCUCUGCACUUCCAUUCAUGAUGGCAUCUCUUGAUAUCUUUAGCACGUUAAAAAAAAAAAAACAACCCAGUUUCAAAAUGUUGUACGAAUGAAAGCCCACUAUAAGUUCGCCUAAAUCGCUGUGCUUUGGUCUUGUAGUCUUGUGGAGGUACAAAUAUACACAAAAGAAGUGGCAUGGUGCUGGGACACACUGGGAUUAAGUAUUCCCUUCCUAUGGCUUCGUGUCACAUGAGUUUAGGGGUCCCUGAACUAGGCGGGCUCCAAAGUGUUGUGGACAAUCUUCCCUGAAGACCAGUUAUUAACGUUCACUGAGUGUCACACGUGGAACACAAUCACCUUAAAAGCGCUGAGGAAGUUUCAGCACAGGGUGGAAUUAAAAUGUCUCUCAGCGUCUCGAGCACUGGUUUGCCGUCUCUGCAGUGGAUCCAGCGCACAGAGUGACAGGAAAUCCAGGAGUUGUCAGUCCUAUUGUGGCUGCUGCCGGGCCGCGGCAGGCCUGUUUGUGACAGCCGACACUCACCGGGAGGAAUGUCAGCCCCCACCCCCAGAUAAGUUUUGACAGCUGUAAAUUGCGAGAGGGGCGUGGGGGUAGGAGGGAGGUGAGCUGCUAUUUUUAUCUUUCAUUCAGCCAGGCCUGAACCAGAGAGAGACGGAGACCCCCCCUCUCUAUCUCUCACUUCUCCACAAGGCGACGACUCCUUCUGGAUCUCUCCUUUCUGCCUGGCUGGAGAAACUUCUGGAGACCCGACCGAGGCAUUAAGACCUGGAGACACGGCCGGUGUGAAGGAACAUAUCUAAACGCAAGCGAACGAGUGCAGACUGUACAGUGAAGAAGAAGACAUCGCAGUCCACGAGGCCAACAUGGCUCUGCUGUGCUACAACAAAGGCUGUGGGCAGAAGUUUGACCCCGACAAGAACAAGGAUGAUUCCUGCCUCUUCCACCCGGGAGCCCCCGUCUUCCACGAUGCACUGAAGGGCUGGUCCUGCUGUAGGAAAAGGACGACAGACUUCUCUGAGUUUCUCUCCAUCAAGGGCUGUACCCGCGGGCGCCACAGCGACGUGAAACCCCAGGAGCCUCUGAGGCCCGAGGUGUCGUCGGAUAAGGGCGAGAUUAAACACGCCGAAGGCCGAGAGAUAAUCUAUCAGGGCCCCAAAUCUGCAGAGAUGCUGCAGAAGGAGAGACCCAGUUCAGACGAGCCCAUGACCAAACUUCCCCAGAAGGUGUCGGCGUCGCUGGCUCAGGCGCUGGAGAAACUGGACAUCAGCAAGAGAGGAGAGAACGAGAAGAAAGAGAGUCAGGCUGUUAUUUGCGGGACCCGCUGCAAAAACGCAGGAUGCAAAACAGUCUACCAAGGACCACAGACCGACAUGGAGGUCUGCACCCACCAUCCUGGAGCUCCCGUCUUCCACGAGGGGUACAAGUACUGGAGUUGCUGCUGCAUCAAGACAACAGACUUCAACGCCUUCCUGGACCAGAAGGGCUGCACCAUGGGGAAACACCGCUGGGUCCCAAAGCAGGACAAGAAGAAGGUGGCGUGUCGCUAUGACUGGCAUCAGACUGGCAACAGCGUCGUCGUGACCAUUUACGCCAAGAACGCAAACCCAGAGUUUUCCAGCAUAGAGGCCAACCGGACGGUGCUCUCGUGUCAAAUCCAGUUUGAGAACAAUAAGAUUUUCAAGAAAGAGUUCCACCUCUGGGGGGUGAUCAACGUAAAGCACAGCUCGGUCAAUAUGGUCCCAUCUAAACUGGAGAUAAACCUCCGCAAGGCCGACCAAGUGGCUUGGGGCAAACUGGAGGACCCGAACUACAAACCUGAGCCCGAGCCCGCAGACGACCCGUUCAUCGAAUCCAACGAGUCGUACCAGCCCGACUGGGACAUCGAUGAUGACGACAUCAGUGACUCGGACGAGGAGUGGGCCUAUGACACGCCCAAGAAUAAAAAGGCAGAGAAGGACGAAAAUCAAAAGAAGAACGAGGAGGAGGAGAGGCAGAAGUUAAAGAGGAAGGAGGUGGAGGAGGAGAUGAAGAGGGCAUUGGAGGAGCGGAUGAAGGCGGAGGAGGAGAGGAAGAAGCUAGAAGAGCAGAGGAGGCAGGAGGAAGAGGAAGGAUAUGAAGACAUGCCAGAGCUAGAGUGAGAAACGUCAGAUUUCUUUGUGGUUUAGAAAUAGAAAAUCAAAAGAGAUUUUUAUAACAUAGGACAUAUUUACUUCUGAAAUAAUAAUUACUCACUACAAACCCCAAUGAGACGUGUUUAAAUGACCACGAUACGGAGAACGUGAUGUAAAGACAAAACUGUACCUUCAAUAGAAGAAAUAAAGUUUUCUAUGUCAGUUUCUACUUUUACAUUUGUGGGGGGUGUUGUUUCAUUUUGUAUGUGUACCGACUGGUAGCAUUUCACCACUGUUGGCUACAUUCAUUACAGAUAAAUAGCUGGAUCAAUGUUAUAAAGACUUGAUAUCCAUCACAAGUCCCCUGGGCUUUAAGCAGAAAGAUUAAUGAUUUUUUUUCAAAAGCCUGUAAUGAAUCAUUAGCUAAUCCACUGGUGCUGUAAAUAAAACAGUUUAGGUCAGACUUUAGUUCAUGAGUCAUACUUAAAUUGUAUUUCCACACUUUGUUUUCAUUAUUAUAAGCCUAUUGUACAUCUGUGAGAGCAGCCUACACAGUAUUACUCACCGACUAGCUUUACUACAGCCAAACAAAGAACAUACAGCAUGUGGGCUAAUUGUUUAGAGAAAGCGUGGCUAGUAAACAAGGCGAGAAAAUAUCAGGGGUAGUUUUGUGAGUGAAAAUGCCUCCUUGAUGCGGGAGUUUGUUGGAGAAGAAGUCCCAGAAGUCGGAGUUACUUCUGUCACCUAAGAGCAGGAAACUGAAACUACAUUUCACGCCGGCUUGCUAAAAUUGGACAGUAUAAGAAAAAUGUUGCCUCGUCUGAUGAGUCCCCAGUUUUACUACAACAAGAAAGCAUCACUCCAUCCCGGCUUCUAUAAGGCUGCUGUGGUGUUGGUGUACUAUUAGAGGAUGUUACCUAAACAACACAGUCUUACCUGUGUCUUGUUGACUAUGCCGAUUCCUUUAUGACCAAAACUUCUGGAACUUAUUCCAGCACGGUAACACAUCACCUUACAAAGCUACGUUCACUUAGAUUGAGAUAUGGCCUCCAUAGAUCCAGAUCCUAAUAAAAUGGAGCAGCUUGGGGAUGUGGUGAAACGAGAGAUUCACGUCCCAGAUGUGCAGUGGAUAAAUCUUCAGAAGCUACGAUUAGCUCCCUCCUUUGUGCUGCAGAAGCAUGUUAUUGUAAGAAAAAUGCUAUUAAAAAAAAAUGCUACAGAAAUUAAGAAUCUGCUCCAAAAACUAAAAGAUAAUUUUAACUAUUCACAGACAUCAAAGUGAUUUAUCAAGUGUAAAAAUAUACAUAGAAAAAUCAAAGAGAAAAAUCAAGCAAUGAGACAGUGCCUAAAAGUUAAGUGGGUAGACAAUAGUGAAAAUACUAUUUAAGUCUUUACCUUUAGUUGUGACCUACUUUGAUUAAAGCACACAGAGGCCUUGACUCUUUUGUCAACCUGGAAUAAAAACACUCGAAGGCGCAAGAGCACCACAAAUCACACAGUUACUAAAUAAAACAACACACAAGAUUCACACUUCAAUAAUUCAUUUAAUCUCCAGAGGGUUGCACUGACUUUGUCUUUGUUACAAACUGCACAUGAUAACACAAUAAAACACCUCGCAACGUACAAGGUCGUGCAACAUCUAGUCUGGCUUCCAGCACUGUCUCAAUAUAUAGGCUGCUCAGAAUCAGGGGUGCGUUCACAAAUGUCAUCUAUGGAAUACUGUUGCACAAACAUGGCAGUGUUUGUAAUCUGUGGAUUCAUUUAAGUUCCUUUGCUAGCAUCUUUCUUUUCAGCUUCACGUAACUCCUUGGGAAGAGUUUCAGUUUGCGACAUCAGAAAAGUUUUUAAAAAAUAAACCCUAUAAAAGAAAAAACAAAACUAGGAGAUAUUUAAUUAAAAGAGCAAUAAAUAAGCAAUUACUUGUCCCAAAAUGGCUUCCAUAUAUUAUGUUCCCCAACAUCUUUGCAGUAAUUUUCAGCACAACACAAACCAAAUCAAAAAUUAUACACAAAAAUUUCAACCCCCCCCCCCAAAAAAAGGCUCAACACAA